AUGUCUUUGAGAGAGGCUCUGUGGCAAUUGCAAGCUGCUGCAAACACUGCUGUAACAUCAGCAGCUGCAAACACUGCUGUACCUUUAGCUGUGGUAAACGUUGUUGAAGAUAUGAAUACCAGCGCAAGCACAAGCUUUUCUGCUAAGGAUGAACUUCCUAUUUGUGUAGAUUCAGUGGAAAUGGCUGACGAAAUAGAAACUGAUCCGUACGAAGAUGAUUGGUUUUUUUACGAGAAGCGUCCAACUGAAAGUGCUGAAGAAUACUAUGUCAGAAUGAAUCUUCUGUUUUUCAAAGCUUCAUAUAAGGUUUCAUCGGAAACAGAUGGAUCCUCUUUGCAUAAGGCAGCAAAAGCGGGAGACUCAAGACGAGUGAAGAAAUUGCUUGCUGCAGGCUUCAGUACUCGUCUCCAAGAUCGAAGAGGCCGAACACCCCUCCUCCUCGCUCUCGAACAUAAUAAUGAGGAAGCAGCCGAAGCUCUCUUAGACGCGGAUGGCAAAAACAACAACGCACAAGAUAAAAAUGGAAUGACUGCUUUGCAUUGGGCUGCAAUGUAUGAAUGCAUGACAGUACUGGAAAAGCUGCUUACCUUGGGGGUCGAUGCCCGUCUCCAGGAUCGAGAAGGCCGGACGGCUCUCCAUCUUGCCCUCAUAUACAGGAAAAUGAAUGCAGUCGAAGUCCUCCUAGAUGAUGACUGUGGAAAUAACCUUCAAGACAAAGAAGGGUGCACUCCUUUGCAUGCAGCAUCACGCCACGAAAAUCUGAAAAUACUACGGAGAAUGCUUGCCGCAGGUGCUGACCCCUGCCUCCAAGACAUACGUGGAUGGACACCACUCCACCUGUCACUGGAAAGUCGGAUGCAGUGCGCAGCCGAAGUCCUCAUAAAUGCGAUUAAUAAAUAUGACAUUCAAGAUAAUAAUGGAAAUACCCCUCUGCAUAUAGCUGCAAAGUUUGAAUUUAUGGGAAUAAUCAGGAAGUUGCUAGCUGCGAAAGCCGAUACCAGGGUCAAAAAUUCUAUGGGAUGGACUCCCCUCCACCAAGCCCUGGUGAGCAUGAAGCAUUAUGCAGCUGAAACUCUUGUAGAUGCUGACGAAAAAAACCAUGUUCAAGAUAACGACGGGAAGAGUCCCUUGCACCUUGCUGCAGAGUAUGGACGUGACAUAGUAGUGAAUACGCUGAUUUCCGCUGGUGUCGAUCCCCUUCUUCAGGAUCAAAGAGGCCGGACACCCUUGCACCUCGCUCUGGCAAUGGGGAAUAAGUAUGCAGCCGAAAAACUUGCAAAUGUGCGCGGCAAAAACGACAUUCGAGAUAAAAGCGGAGAAACUCCUUUAUUUUUAGCUGCAGGACGUGGAUACUUAAACAUAGUCAGAACGCUGCUUGCUGAUGGCGCAAAUCUGCGUAUCCAAGAUGAGUAUGGCUGGACGCCUCUCCACAUGGCUGCGCGUUCUAGCGAAAGAAACGGGGAUGUAGUAGGAUUCCUCGCGGCUGCAGGCGACGAUAGCAGCAUUCGAAAUGACAAUGGGGACACGCCCCUGCAUUUAGCUGCACAAAGUGCGCACUUAGAAACAGUGAGAAUGCUUCUGAUCUUCGAUGCACAACCACAUGUUUAUAAUUUUGACGCAGAGUGUCCGCUGGAGAUAGCUCUGAAGCGAGGGGACGAGGGUAUUUGUAAAUCAAUUAUUUCGGCAUAUGCCUGGAAAGACAUAAAAAUCGAUUGGAAUAAGUUGAAUCUUAAGCCAGCUCAGAUACAGAACUGCAUCAAAAUGCUGUCGGAAUGUUACGCCGAGAUUCAGCAGAUGAAAAGCACCAAGGUGCACGGAACUGCCAUCUCGUACCAUGAUCUUGCGAAGCGAGUGGAACUAUAUCUUGAGGAUAAAGACAUCAUUAAAGCUUUACGUGACACUUGGACUAACGUGAAGAACGACUUCCCGAACUAUGCGACCUUUAUUACUUACAAAUGGAACAUCUGUGAAUGGAACAGACCUAGAGAACCACUCUCAGGCAUGAACUUUUAA